UCAGUGUCAACUGUCAAAUAAAUCAAUACCUACGAAAAUAGGGAGUUGUGUUUUUAUACAUUUUAAUGAAUUAAUAGAGUUAAAGAGAUGCAAGACUUCACCAGUAUAUUGAACAUUAUAUUUAUAAUAAGUGGUGGUGUUUUAACAUUCGUAAUAUUGUUUAUAUUUGCUAAAAGACAAAUAACAAGAUUUGCUGUGCGAUCGCGAAGAGGUCCCCACGUCCCAAUAGGCACAGACGCCAAAAAAUGCCUGAAGAAAGAGAUAGAGCCGGAGGAUUGGUGAUUACCACGCAUCAUGUACGAACCACGGCUGCUUAGCACGGAGCCCUCACACUAUAUCCUGGAGCAGCAACCGUACCAUUACAGGUUCAAGGCUGUGGAUGAUGUCAAGACUUUAGAAGAGGAGAUAGCCUGUCAAGACCCUGGGCUGAGGCGUCAUCCGCGCGAGUCACUCCGUGCAUUUCUGCUCUCGUCCCUGGCAGCGCCUCUCGACGGCAGAGGACAGAAGCUGGUCCACCAGUUCUGCGACACAUACGAGUUUGCUCGUCACCAUCCUGGAGAGUUUGGGGAAGAUGAAUACCAGGCGUACAGCCGACUGCUGCUCAAAUUGUUGGAUGCCGGGCGGCUGUUAAAGAGCGUGGGGGAUGCGGGCGCGUGACCCCGCGCACCCUCGCCGCCGCCGCCCCCCCCGCGCCCGUGCGGCCGCCCCGCCGCGCUGGCAGCCCUGCCCGCCAAGCUGCCCGCGGCACUACACAACCACUACACCGCGCUAGAGGUUCCCACCUUACAAUACUCACAUGUCCACGGAAAGGGAGGGGGAGGUGCAGAAUAA